AUCGUGGCCAGCCUCUCUGCCCGCUUGCUCGGCCAUCGCCAGUCCAACGAUACCCAUCCGGCCAUGUUGACCGCCACCAGCAGCCGGCUCUACGCCUGCAACAACCACGGCCCCGACCACGACCUGUUCCUCUCGUACCGGGUCGCCACCGAUGCAGACACCGCCAGGGAACUCAAGCAGAUGCUCUCCUUGGCUGCCCUCCGUCGAUACGGCAAACCGCUUGCUGUCUUCCACGAUGUCGACUGCCUCGUCGACGCCCGCGACUGGCGAGACGGCUUUCUUGGUGCCCUCCCCAAGAGCAAGGUCGUUAUCCUCCUCCUCAGCCAGGCUUCGAUGGACCUGAUGAAGGACAAGGUCCUCUCGAGCCAGGAGGACAAUGUCGUCCUCGAAAUCAAGACCGCCCUCGACCUCAAGGAUGCCAAUCCCGCUCUGCCUGUCCUUCCCCUUGGAAUCGCCACCAAGGAGACCAAGGACGGCGUCGAUGUCUUCACUCCCUUCCUACCGCACAAGGUGUCUCUCCCCGACGACCCGGCCUUUGCCUCGGUCAAGGAAACCCUCGGCAGAAUGAACCAGAUCCAGAUGUUUGGCAUUCGUCCCGACCAGAUGCACCAGCGAGUCUAUCGCAUCCUCAACCUGCUCCACCCCGUGCAAGUCGAUUCCGCCACCAAAAUCGCACUCUACGACUCGCUCUUCUGCGACUCCAAGUUCCGAGUCGAUCCCGCCCACCUCGACACCUUGCUCAAGCAGCUCACCCUGACUGGCCGCGCCGUCAUCUCGGGCAUGGGCGGCAUGGGCAAGUCCGUCCUGGCCCUCCAGAUUCUCCAUUUCAUGAUGGGCACCCUCGACGUCAGCAACAAGGACGACCUCAAAACCGUCAAAGACGAGACCAUCGGCAUCAAGCCGCAGUACAACCAAGUCUUUUGGAUCAACUGCUCGACCGAGUCGACUGCCCUCGAUGGGCUGUGCGAACUGUUUGAUGGUGUCGAGCCAGAGAAGGUCAAGAAGCAUGCCGCCAAGUUCCUCGCCAACACUCACGGCUAUCUCCUGGUGCUCGACAAUGUCGACGACAUCAGCGUGGUCGACUCUGUGUUUGAGCACUCCAAGUCGGUCGGGUUCAGCGGCGAUGUGGUGGUGACGACCCGGCUGGCCUCGCUGCCUCCCGGUGCAUUCGCCAGUGCUCUCAAAGCCAAGAACCCUGGAUACAGACACGACCCACUCCGCCUGGGUAACUGGGACGAUGCAACCACGCUCGAUUACAUCCAGAAGAUCUCUCCAAUCUUCUCUGAAAAGGUAGGGGCGGACGCAACAAAUGAGACGCUGAAGCGAAUCAUGACCAAGAUCGACGGAUAUCCGCUCGUUAUUCAGACAUUCAUGACCUUCUACGAGAACAACGAGGUGCCGCUGUCCGAGAUCGAGCGGCUGUUCUCCAAGGUCCUCGAGGAGCAGGAAGGCGAGGACGAGACUCGGUCGUCGCUCAAGGUGAUUGUGGAUCUGUCGCUGGACUCGAUUAUGAAGCGAGGGAAUGAAGGCAUCGAGGCAGCCAGGCUGUUCGGUGCCCUCAGUCUGGUGGCGCCGACCAACAUCCAGUUCGAGUUGAUCAAGGAGAUCGUGCAGAAGAUGGAGCUCAAGACCGAUGUGACUGAUCUGAUCAAGAUGGUGAUCCAAAGCGGCCUUCUCCGAAGCGGAGCCGAAGGGCUGUACUCGACCCACUCGCUCACCCAGCAGUUAGCUCGAAGCUACAUCAGUCAACACGGAGAGCUGAGGGUCGAGGACAUUGAGGAUGCCACGGGCGGGGCACUGCUUCAGUUGACCGUAUCGCUGCUUGCAGAUGCCUAUCCCUAUGCCGGGCAUCUUGACCGCUUUGCAUCGCUGGCGGUUCCAGAUCGAUACACAAAGUAUCUCCACCAAGCGACUAUCUACCGCAUUGCAUCCAUGGCAGAGACCCGUGGCUUCUUUGGCAAGGCAAGAGAUGUCUACGAGCCGUACGUUGACCGAUGCGCCGAGUUUUACGGCAGACGCCAGCACCCAGAAGUUGCCACUGCAAUGCACUAUCUCGGCGAUGUCGUGUAUUACCAGGGUGACUACGGGUCUGCCUCCAAGCACUACGAGGAGGCACUCGGCAUCUUCAACGAGAUCUAUGGUCCGCACCGUUAUCUGCCGGCUGCCACUACGAUCCAAAAUAUGGGCAAUGUCGCGUACAAACAGGGUGACUACGAAACGGCCCUUGCGUAUUUCAAAGAGGCCCAAGAGUUCUUCAUCGAGAUGUACGGCACUCGCGAACAUGCCAAUGUCGCCGCCACGAACUAUUCUCUCGGCCAAGUCGCCAACUCACAGGGCCACUACGAGGCCGCACAGGCCUACUAUCAAGAGGCGCUGGAGAUCGAAUCCAAGGUAUAUGGCGGCCGGGACCAUCCCGAGGUGGCUACCACGAUCCGUCAGUUGGGCAGUGUGGCCAAUGCCCAGGGCAACUACGAUGCCGCACUGGCAUACUACCAAGAGGUCCUUGCCACGUACACGAAGGCGUACGGCACACGAGAGCACCCUUCAGUUGCCACCACGCUCUUUGAGAUGGGUAAUGUUGCGUUUUCGCAGGACAAUAUCGAGGCCGCCUUCGCAUACUACCAAGAGGCCCUCGACAUCAAGACCAAGGCGUACGGCACACGCAAACACCCUGAAGUCGGCAUAAUCAUCCACCGCCUGGGUAAAGUCGUGCAGUCUCGAGGCGACUAUGAUCAAGCCGAGGCACUGUACCAGGAGGCUCUCAGUAUUGGACUCGAAGCGUUCAAGUCUCGGAUCCACGAGCAUGUUGCACUUGUCCUUGAUGCCUCGGGGACGCUAAAGUGCCUCCAAGGCGAGUUGGCCGAGGCCCAGAGUCUUCUCCAGGAGGCCCUUGACAUCUUCACCCAGGUGUACAAAACACGCAAGCACCCCGAUGUUGCAACAACUCUCCGCAAUCUGGGCGAUGUGGCGCUUGCCCAGGGCGACGUUGCCAACGCGCUCGCACUGUACCAAGAGGCGCUGGCCAUCUGGACUGAGGCCAUCAGAAACCCAAACCACAAGGACAUUGUUGCUGUCCUUGGAAGCAUUGCUACCGUCGAGAACAAAGCCCGCGAGUAGCCUCAAAUCGCCAGAAACAUGUCGGAUCCUGUCUUCACCCAGCCCGUCCAGCGCAUUCCAGCGACACAUUGCGACCAGCACCCGCUGUCGAUUUCAGUGGUGCCAUGCAUUCUCGGCCAAGGUGGCUGGGUUUCGCGAGCAGAUCCCGCUGGUGUCAAUGCCGAAUAAAACGAUUGUAUUACAAGUAAAC